CCAUCGUGGUGCGUGUGCUUGACUCUCUUUCGCCAUGUCUUCUCAUAAGAUUUUCAGGAUCAAGAGGUUCCUGGCCAAGAAACAAAAGCAGAAUCGGCCCAUUCCCCAAUGGAUUCAGAUGAAAACUGGUAAUAAAAUCAGGUACAACUCCAAGAGGAGACAUUGGAGAAGAACCAAACUGGGUCUAUAAGGAAUCACACAUGAGAGAUGGCUCACACAUUUAUACUGUAUCCAGCUUGCCUGCAUCUUACCAUAAUCACUGAAAAUAUCACUACUGUCUGGACAGUUGGGCAUUUUAAUUAGGAAAUUAUUGGAGGCGUGAUUUUCUUU